CGUCCACCAUUCUUCGUUAUCCUUAACCGCUUUUGACAGCUCGGCCAGCUUUCUUAACCGCUUUUGACAGCUCGGCCAGCUUUCCGCUCUCACCCUCUUCUGCAACCCUCCUCAACCACCACUAAUGGCAGCUGACCUUCUUCUCUCUCCUCCCUUCUCCAACAAAACGGUGUGCUUUCAUCACAUGAUGCAGUCUGCCCAUUUGCACAAAGGCAGCACUGCCUUCUCUGUUUGCCUCCCGAAAGAGAAUUGCAGCAUCAAGCUUUUCAUGGUAACUCCAGCAGAACUUUUGCUUCUGUUGGCUCAUUGGAUGGAAACCUGGCAGACCAAGAAAAGCACUUUCAAAGGGAACAAGAAUGAUGGUAUAGACCUACUUCAAGCCAAUUAUGAGGCUGUGAAGGAAAGGAUGAAUGGCGGCGUUAGAGGCAUUGAAGAAGCUGCCACCAUCGACAUCAUAGCUCUAGGAUACAUGGCUAUUGGCGACUUGAAAUUUGUUGAUUCCCUACAGGCUAUGUUGUUGACAGUCUGAAGGAUGGUGAACCGCUUCUGGAUUCAGUCCUCGUGCACAUGGGGAGCAUGUAUUCAACUUUGGGGAUGUUUGAGAAAUGAAUGUCUGCAUACAGGAGGGCUGUCAGUAACAUGGAGAACAUUUACGGUAAGCUCUCUUGUCAAUUUGGAGCUUUUACUACUCGUAACUCAGCUGGCUGUUCCGAAUUGGGUUAUACGACUUCUUAGGUGAAUGAUACUAGGUGGUCAAAUUACUCGAUCUCCUGAAAAUGCGUUAUAAUAAUGUUGUGCAUGAGUAUUAUUUAGUGGACAUAAUCUUACACAAAAUGAAGUCAUGACGUAUGUGACUUUGCACGAUUCCAUUGUGGCUUCACUGAUUGCUGCCUGCAAGAUUGGAGUUUUUUUGUGUGUU